AUGUUUCUAAUUAUUCAGGAAAUCAUAACUAAAUUAAACAUUCUAAUCAUAUACUCCGACGAGUCCCCAUUGAUGGAUUUCACCGUGUAUGAUUAUCCGCGCGAGAUCUGGCGGCUGAAGCCCGGCUGGGAAGUGGCACUGAAGACGAUCACCUUUCUGCCGCUGAUACUGUUCGGUCUGCUCGGUAAUGCGAUCCUGUGCUACAUUCUCGUACAGAUACGUGCCCUCCGUACACCGACCAAUCUGCUGAUAGUGAAUCUGGCGGUGGCCGAUCUGGCCACGCUGCUCAUCUGUCCGCUGAUGUUCAUGUUUCACGAUUUCUACCAAAACUACGUGCUCGGUGCGAUCGGUUGCAAGACGGAGGGGUUUCUUCAGGGCUCGCUGCUAAUAACAUCCGUGCUGUGUCUGUGCGCCAUCAGCUACGACCGACUGACGGCCAUUGUGUUUCCGAAGCGAUCGCGUCUCACCAAGCGCGGUGCCGCCGUGCUCAUCGUUGCCUCCUGGAUCGGUGGCUUCCUGCUCGCGCUGCCCCUCAGCAUGUACCGGGCGUACCGGGAGCGGCAGUGGAAAAACUAUCUCGAGACGUACUGUGCGGAAAACACGACCUUUCUGCCGAGCUACUGGCACGUGCUGAUCGGUGCGCUCGUCUGGUUUCCGCUGCUGGUUAUGUUCUGUUGCUACAGUCUCAUCUUCUUGAAGCUGGAUCGGUAUGAGCGGCGCGUGCUAAGAAAGGAACAUCCUAUCUCGGUGUCCUACAAGCGAAAGGUCGCCAAAACGCUGUUCAUCGUGUUGAUCGUGUUCGUGCUGCUGCGUAUUCCGUUUACCACGCUCGUCUUCAUACGUUACAACCGGUAUUUGAACGACAAUCAGAACCAGAUUGGCAAUGACUUCCUCGUGCUGUGGUACGUAUCACACUAUCUGAUGUAUCUGAAUGCUGCCCUAAACCCAGUGAUUUACGGCCUGACGAAUGAAAACUUCCGCAAAGCUUUCCGCAAAAUAAGCCUCUCCCGACUGUUGUGCAUUCCGGCCCUUGCAAGUAAACGACCAUCGGGCGGGAAGGGCCGUUCGCGAGACAAUAAGCCCGGAUACGGUGGGAAAGAUGGCAUCGCAACGAUCGGGGGUCGGCUGCAACCGAGAGCUCCCUGUGGUACGAACGAAAAGAUGGCCAACCUGUCCAGUUGGAUCGUGUGUCAGGCACGGCGCGACAACCCCCCGACCAGCCCAUCGAAGGACACCAAAAUAUCCCAGCUCAAGCCGACGACGGAUGGGCUUGGUGGAGAUUCCCAAACACCCCGCAACUCGACGAUCGUUUCGGAUGGAUUUAUGUGA